AUGUCCGCCUUGUCUGCCUCGUCGUCCGCCCCCGCGUCCACAUCCGCCUUCUUUGCCGUCCCCGCGACCGUCACGGCCGGCGUGCCCAGCACGGCCACCAUUGCAGCCGGCACUCUGCGUGGUUCCGGCCACGGAGACACCAGCGCCGUGCGCGCCCUGGAAGUGUUUCUGGCCGUCGUCGGCCGCGACACCACGUCCUUGUCGAACGCGACGUCCGAGUGCUAUCUCACACAAAGUACGCCCCUCUGCGACAUCCCCGGCAUCACCGUGUACGGCGACCGCAUCCAGUUUGCCGACGUGCACGUGCCGUUUACGGUGCCGCCGUCGGUGGACGGCUCGGGCCGUCGCUUCGCCCUGCGCAUGCAGGUGCUGCAGGCCGACGGCUCGGUCUACGGCGGCGCGUCGUCGUCGACGUCGUCGGCGCCGUCGUCGCCCGCGUUCGUCCUGGCCAACGCCACCGGCCGCAGCCAGCUGUUCUCGACCGUGUUCGCUCCGGGCGCGUACGUGCCGUGUGGCAGCCUGUCGUGCGUCGACAACUGCUUUUCGCGGCUGUUUGGCGAGUCGACCAACCUGACGAGCGAGAGCGCGAGCACGGCCGCCUGUGCGAAUGCGUGCGCGGGCAUCGAGGGCGUGGACGGUGUCGUGGCCAUCCCGUCGGACUGGCUCGUGGUGGCGGCGUCCGCGUCGUCGGCGUCGGUGCCGCUGCAGGUGCUGAGCACAGUGCCUGCGGGUACGGCGACGGGGUGCUUUGUGUCUGGGACCGCAUCGGCGUCAACGUCAGCGUCGGCGGGCACGUCGAAGAGCAGGUCACAGGGGGCUUGUGCGUUGUGGUCGCUUGUCGUCGCGGGAAUGCUGUUGGCUUGUCAUAGUUGA